AUGGCGCCUGCACCGACAAAAGAGUCGGUGCCCAAGAAGGUCAACCUAUUGGACGACAGCGACUCAGACGACGAAGAUGGAGGGGCAGACAUCGCGGCGCCGCAGUUGAAGGUCAACGAGGAGUACGCGAAGCGGUUCGAGCACAACAAGAAGCGCGAGGAGUUGCACAGGCUGGAGGAAAAGUACAAAAAGACGGGCAAGCGGGAUGACGACAACGACGACGACGAAGACGACGACUCUUCAUCCUCGGACGAGACCGAAGACGAGGAAGGCUUCCUGGCCACCGAAGAUCUCGACGCCCAAAUCUCUGCCACCCUCUCCGCCAUCAAGAACAAGGACCCCCGCUUCAAGGACAAGAACUUCACCUUCUUCAAGGACACCCCUAACGCCGAGCCCACGCCCUCCAAGAAGAAGGAGAAGCCGCUCUUCCUCAAAGACUAUCACCGUGAAAAGAUCUUGGCCGGCGGCGUCGGCGAGUCCGACGACGAGGACGACGCGCCGCCUCCCCAGACCUAUGCGCAGGAGCAGGACGCCCUCAAGAAGUCCAUCAUCUCCGAGAUCAACAAGGCGGCUGAGGAGUCAGAAGAGGAGGAGGAGGGCGGGGACUUUGUCACGCGGAAGCCUGGACAAGAAGUCGAGCUGCCCGCCGCCACCGAAGACGGCGUCCACCCCUCCCGCGCCCGCAAGGUGUCUAAGAAGCAGAAGAAGGCGAUCACGGAGGACGACAUCGCCAACGCCGACAAGGACCCGGAGCUCUUCCUGUCCAACUUCAUGGCCGCGCGCGCGUGGACCGAGGGCGGGGAGCACAACUGGAAGGCGUUCGAGUCGGACGACGGCGAGGGCGACGACGGCGAGCUGGCCGACAAGUUCGAGGAGGCGUACAACCUCCGCUUCGAGGACCCGGAAAAGUCAAACCAGGCCCUGAAGACGUACUCGCGUGAGAUCACCAACGCGCGCACCGUGCGCAAGGAGGCCGCGAGCUCGCGCAAGCGGGCGCGUGAGCUGGAGAAGGAGCGCAAGGAGGCGGAGAAGGCGGAGCGCAAGGCGGAGAAGGCGCGUCUGCGCAAGCUCAAGCUCGAGGAGGCCGAGGAGAAGCUCAAGAAGAUCAAGCAGGCGGCGGGCCUGAGUGGCAAGCAGCUCAGCGAGGACGAGUGGCUGCGCUUCCUCAACGACGCGUGGGAGGACGACAAGUGGGAGGACGAGAUGAAGCGCCAGUUCGGCGAGGAGUACUACGCCCAGAUCGAGGGCGGCGCGAGCUCGGGAGACGAGGAGGAGGAGGACGGAGAGAAGAAGAGCAAGAAGAAGAGGCCAAAGAAGCCCACGUGGGACGACGACAUUGACAUCAAGGACAUUGUGCCCGACUUCAAGGACGACACGCAGCACCCGCAAAUCACACUCACAGAUGACGAGGCGGAGGCAGAGGGCGAUGAGGAGGAGGAGGAAGACGAGGACGGCCGUCCGUCAAAGAAGCGCAAGACCUCCAAGGACAUCAAGAAGGAGCGUCUGGCCUCCAAGAAGGCGGCCAAGGCCGAGCGCGCCAAGCUCGAGGCCCUCGUCGACGCCAAGAUGGACCUCGACAUCCCCGAGGCGUCAUCGUCGUCCUCCAAGACGCCAGAGAUGUUCGGCUUCCGCUACCGCGAGACGUCCCCGACCUCCUUCGGCAUGACGGCACGCGACAUCCUCCUCGCGCCCUCCGACGCCGCGCUGAAUCAGUUCGCCGGCCUGAAGAAGCUGGCCCCCUACCGCGACGACGACAAGAAGCGCAAGGACAAGAAGAAGUUUGGCAAGAAGGCGCGCCUCAGGCAGUGGCGCCGCGAGCACUUUGGCAACGAGUACGAGCGCACGGGGCCGACGUUCGACUUUGAGGGCGCGACGUUCAAGGACAGCAAGAAGAAGAGGAAGAGCGACAAGAAAGCUUCCGACGAGACGACGACGACGACGCAGGAGAAUGUCGAGGACGGAGGCGCCAGCUUGAGCAAGAAGCGCAAGAGGUCCAGGGGAAAGAAGAAGGCGGAGGAGGCAGGUGCAGCUGCGGAGUAG